ACGACCCUAUCAGAGAUUUCAAUGUGUUUGUACAGGAAGGGCAUGUGGAUUAUGUCCCAUAGGAAGCUGGGUCUGUAACAGAUUGCCCUGGCGAGAACUGACAAAAUGCAGCACUUCCACGGCUUGAAGACAAGUUUGUGGAACUCUACCUCCAGCUCUCAGCGGAUGAAAGCCUUAAACCGAUUCCCUUCAUUCAAUCUAAACUUGCGUCGAUCCAAUCACUCCACGGCACACUGCAACAUUGAGCUUGUUACGCCAAAGGUGAAGGAGCGCACACAGUAUGUGACAGAGAAGUUCACGCAGGUACUGUCUCUUGGUGCUGAUGUCUUGCCCGAGUACAAGCUCCAGGCUCCAGACGUCCACAAGUGGAUCAUGUUGCACUACAGUCCUUUCAAAGCCAUGUGGGACUGGAUCAUCCUCCUGCUAGUGCUCUACACAGCGGUCUUUACUCCAUACUCAGCGGCUUUCCUCAUCAAUGAGCUGGAGGAGGAGAGGAGACAGACCUGUGGUUACACCUGUAACCCUUUAAAUGUUGUAGACGUGAUAGUGGACAUUCUGUUCAUCAUAGACAUUGUGAUCACCUUCAGGACAACGUACGUGAAUCAUAAUAAUGAGGUUGUGACCCAUCCCAAGCACAUCGCUAUCCAUUAUAUCAAAGGCUGGUUUCUCAUUGACAUGGUGGCCGCAAUUCCAUUUGAUUUGCUCUUCUUCAGAUCUGGAUCAGAUGAGAUGACAGCCACUCUCAUUGGCCUGUUGAAGACUGCUCGUCUGCUGCGGUUGGUCCGUGUGGCCAGAAAAUUAGAUCGAUACUCAGAGUAUGGAGCUGCAGUCCUCUUUUUGCUCAUGUGCACCUUUUUGCUGAUUGCUCAUUGGUUGGCUUGUAUCUGGUAUGCCAUUGGCCAUGUGGAGAGGCCUUACAUGAAGACAGGUUGGCUGGAUAACCUGGCAGAUCAACUGGGAAAGCAUUACAACGACAGCGAUGCCAGCUCAGGACCCUCCAAUCAGGAUAAAUACAUCACUGCACUCUAUUUCACCAUCAGUAGUCUGACCAGUGUGGGCUUUGGGAACGUCUCUCCAAACACCAACUCUGAGAAGCUUUUCUCAAUCUGCGUCAUGCUCAUUGGCUCUCUCAUGUAUGCCAGCAUAUUUGGGAAUGUCUCAGCAAUAAUUCAGAGGCUUUACUCUGGAACAACACGCUAUCACACCCAGUUGCUGCGGGUUAAAGAGUUCAUCCGCUUCCAUCAGAUACCUGGAGAUCUGAGGCAGAGACUGGAGGAAUAUUUCCAACAUGCCUGGUCCUACACCAAUGGCAUUAAUAUGAACGGAGUCCUGAGAGGUUUUCCAGAGUGUUUGCAAGCUGACAUUUGCCUGCAUCUGAAUCGUACUCUGCUGCAGAGCUGUAAAGCGUUUCGUGGGGCAAAUAAAGCGUGCCUGAGAGCUCUCUCCAUGCGCUUCAAAACCACCCACUCGCCACCCGGAGACACCCUCUAUCAUCAGGGCGACAUGCUCAGAGCUCUGCACUUCAUCUCCCGGGGCUCCAUUCAAGUGUCGCGACAUAACACUGUGCUGGCCAUACUGGGAAAGAACGACAUCUUUGGCGAGCCCAUAAAUCUUUACCCAGAUCCUGGUCGCUGUAAUGCUGAUGUUACUGCACUAACCUACUGUGACCUUCACCGUAUCCAAAGAGACGACCUCAUAGAGGUGCUGGACAUGUACCCUGCUUUUGGAGAGAGCUUUUGGAGGAAACUAGAAAUCACCUUUAACCUACGAGACGCUGAACAGAUGAUGGAAAGUGAAAACUUGGACUGCGGUUACCAUGCAAGCCGAAUACGACACAGACAAAACUCAAUAGACAGGCGCAACCGGCCAGAUGGAAUGGACCAGAAUGACUCUUACCCAUCUGGGACGUGUUCGGCGCUGGGUCAUCACCAUUCUCUGACUGCUCACAUGCACUGGGAGGAGCUGUGCAGCUGUGCAAGCUCCACAUCGCAGUCCAGCGAAAGCCUCAGCAAGUCUCCCAUCAGCCAUUGUGAGCUGUAUACCUCUGAAGCAGACCAUCUGGACUUCCCCUCUCCUGUUGUGAGACUAAUACCAGCGAGUGGCGCCUCUGGGAACAGCAGAGAGCCUGGCAUGGAUAUGGGGCAGUUGGCAGCUCCUCCUCCAUCUGGAUUGUACCAUUACUGGACUGACCACCAGGCUGCUCAUUAUGCUGAACAGUCUCAGUGCCUCCCCUCUGUCUGGACCUCAUGUCCUCCACCACUCUUUCCAGAUCAUCAUCCCAGCGAACUUGACUCCAGACUGGAGCUCCUGCAAAGUCAGCUCAUGAGGCUAGAGACCAGAAUGACAGCAGACAUCAAUGUGAUUCUUCAGCUUCUCCAGAGACAGAUUGCACCCGUGCCUCCAGCGUAUAGCUCUGUUUUACCUGACAACCACAUUCCUGACCCCGCAACACUGUAUGGAAGCAGCACACCGGUACUUCACAGCAUGUUCCCCAUUACAAAUAUUCAACUGGACAGUAGAAGCACUGCCAUUCAGAGUUCAACCCAGCCAGAAUCCAUGUUCAAGUCAAAUUCCCAGGGUUCUCUGUCCAGUGGCGUUCACAUGGGAGCCGCGUCAGAUGACUGCGAACCUGAUAAACUAGAAACCAAUGCUGUCUCAACUCCAGCGCUAAUAGAUGCACCGCGGCUCUGUGCGUCUCCCCGCUUUCCCUCGUUGCCUGGCAACCUGGACACUUCAUCACACCCAGAAGACAUUCAAAAACACAUGUCUGAUCCUUCCUUGCCAGUCAGCUAAAACCACAACACGCCAUCAACCAGCUUUCAUGACAGAACAAUGAGUACACAUCAAAACUCCGUCGAUAAAACCCCUGCUUAUGUUGUGUAGUGGGGUAUAUGCCAGGAGGACCAUGCGGUUCCAUCAUCUUGGUUAACCACGUGUUGCUGCCCACCAGAUAGGACAGCCCCAAACUAGCACUA